UCCCUUAAGAAGUGAACAGAACAAUCAACUUUCUCUUGCUAACACGCGUUUAAAUUCUUAAUUCACAGGCGUUUAGAUUCUUAAUUACGUACAUAAUCACACACAAAUAACAAUAUGUUGAUGCAGAGGUUCAGAGCCACCACCAAGCUUAUGCCAUAUCUUUCUUCUGCAAACAAUGGUGCUUCUGUUGCAGCCCUUCAUCAUUCAUUAACAAAGAGGCCUUGCUUUGGAACUCUUUCACCUUCCUCGUUAUCCUUGCUUGGCAAUCACAAAGAUAAGGUUCCUCACUUGAUUCAAGCCGUGUCGGUUUCAACGAAUUCAUCCUCCGUUGCAAAACUAGCCGUGCCUGAAAAUGAAGUCGAACAGGUUGAGUUACUCACUGCAACUGAGGAUUUACAUGGAGGAGUUGUUGUUGACAUGACCGAACCUAUGGAUUCUGUGGUUUUUGCUUCUUUGCUUCAAGCUUCUAUAUCGCAUUGGAGGCAUAAGGGGAAGAGGGGCGUUUGGAUCAAAUUGCCUAUCGCACGGUCAAAUCUUGUUGAUGCCGCAGUUAAGGAAGGAUUUAGGUACCACCAUGCUGAAUCGGAUUAUUUAAUGCUCGUACGUUGGCUUCCCGAAACUGAGGACACCCUUCCUGCAAAUGCUUCGCACCGAGUAGGCAUUGGCGCUUUUGUCAUGAACAGUAAGAGAGAGAUACUUGUGGUUCAGGAGAUCAGUGGCAGAUUCAGAAAUACAGGUGUGUGGAAGUUGCCAACUGGGGCUGUUAAUGAGGGUGAGGAUAUUUGUAAAGCUGCAGUUAGAGAGGUCAAAGAAGAGACAGGAAUUGAUACAGAGUUCGUGGAGGUUUUAGCAUUUAGGCAAAGCCACAAGUCAUUCUUUCGAAAGUCAGAUUUGUUCUUUGUUUGCAUGCUGACCCCAAAAUCCUUCGACAUCCAAAAGCAGAACUCGGAGAUUGAGGCAGCCCAGUGGAUGCCAGUUGGGGACUAUGUAGCUCAACCCUUUGUUAAGAAAAACAAACUCUUUGACUACGUAGCAGAAAUAUGCUUGGCAAACUCAGACAAGGACUAUGGGUUUACUGCGCUGAGUACAACUACAUCCUCUGGAAAAAGAAGCUACUUGUACUAUAACAACCGGGAUAUGGAAAACACACAGGCUACCGGUGAUCCGCAGUAGAAACCUCGACCUAUACUCCAAUAACAUAUAUAGUUGUAACAGCAGUUACUGUGGAUUCCUAGCCAUCUGAAUAUUGCUUCCUGUAUAGAUUGAUGUCAUUUACCUUGCGUUAUGUAAUGAUAUGCUAAAUAACUUGUGUUCUAAGUCACAGAUAGGAUAUAUUCGUUCAUUUUUUUUUACUGCAAGCUGUAUUACUCUUGGGACUGUAGUUCAAGAACUUGCUAAUUGAUUUGAGUUCUCAACACUGUAUGUUGCAUUUGCUAUUUGCUUCAAUAUAAAAUACACAAGUUGUUUUUGUUGUA